AUGACGUCCAUUUGUCCGCUGUGUGGUCGCUCUUUCCGCAACUCCGCCGCUCUACAACAACACAAACGCGACUCACCUGCCCACACAAUGUCCUUCAGCUGUAAAGAUUGCAAUCAGUCAUUCGGUAGCGAGGAAGCUCUUGCGCAGCACCUACGAGACUCACCUGCCCACACAAAGUCCUUCAACUGCAAAGAUUGUAAUCGGUUGUUUGGUAGCGAGGAAGCUCUUACACAACAUCUGCGAGACUCACCUGUCCAUGCA